AUGACCAGAGCAGGUGUGAUUUGGACGCUAUUUUGUCUUUUUGCCCUCGUGGCUUCCCAGGCCUGUCCAGAUGAGGAUCCGGAGCUGAAAAAAUGGUCAGAGGAUGCAACGUGGAAUGGACAGAUCCCACAAGAAGGAGACGACCUUGUUAUAGAGAAUGGGGACAAAUUGCUUUUAGACACUUCCCCUCCUCCUUUGGGCUCUAUUACUAUACAGUCGGGCGGGGUACUGGUCGUGGCUGACGAGAAAGAAAUUAGUUUAAGUGUCAAGUACAUUAAAAUCCAAGGAGAAAUGCACGUGGGCUCAGAAAAUUGUCCAUUUACGGGAAAACUGCACAUAACUCUGCAAGGUAACCUUGGAGAAUAUGACAUACCAGGUUUUGGAGAGAAGUUCAUUGGUGUAGAAAAUGGCGGGGUUCUUGAAAUCCACGGUGAAUACCGCCUACCCUGGACAAAGAUCACCAACACAGUCGAUAAAGUCCAGUACAUUUCUAACGUCAGGGUCAGUUCACCUUUUAAUUUUGUAUUUAUUCCAGACUGAAAACAAUACAGAAACAGAGAUAUAAUCAGAAUCCUAGAACAAUUCUAUAUGUCACAAGAUGCUAACGAGACGGACAACGUAGGCAAAAACAUUCGGGCACUUGUUAUAUAUGUCUUCAAUGAACAAACUGGUGUCUUGGAGUCGGCGGCACAAUUGGUGAAUACUAAUGGAAAAGCCAAAGAUUUUCCCGAUAAUGUCGCAAAAGCUAAACAAAUACUCGAUGAUAUCCCAGCAGGAAAGAUAAUAGGGUUGGCAUUGAAGAGGCGCUUUAGGGUGGAGCGAGUUGACCCCUCCGGGCUGUUUGAUAUGCUAGAGCAGUGGGCCUAUGGCACAGUAGAUAACACCUCUCUACAGUUCAGAGACUACAAGUUUCACGGUGCUUGGUCACUUAUCAAGAAACAAGGCGACGAUGCAAGUACCCAAGAACUUCUGCUGAAUGAUGAUGGAAAAAAUGUUCGCAUUGCUGAGCUUUACCACUUGGAGAACAAUAUCAAAUUUGGAGUGCGUAGCUGGGUUCAUACGGUCAAGAGAGGUCAAUGUUACUCUCGUGGAAAGUCCAGCUUAAUGCAGUAUUCCCUCCCCGUGAUUAAUGUUGUUGACGACGCACAAACAUGGCGCACGGGUGAUACUGUGGCACUGAUGUCCACUGACUUUGACUGGAAGCAAACGGAAUUUGGGACAAUAGUCGACUGUCCAUCUUGCACGGCUACCCAGAUACAAGUUAACAUUGAACCAGAAUUCACUCAUUUUGGCGAAAUAUACAAAAACGUGGACAUGCGCGGUGAGAUUGCUUUGGUAAACCGAAACAUAUUAAUCGAAGGAGGACCUGCGGAUAAGGACAAGAAGAUUGGAGGACACAUAAAGUUUUUGAAAGGAUUUAAGACGGUACAGGUGAAGAAUGUGGAAUUAAACAGGAUGGGACAGCAGACCUCCCUAGGAAAUUAUCCUCUACAUUUCCAUAUGUGUGAAGAUGUAGAUGACAGAACCAAACCGUCACUUUUAAGCGGAAACAGUAUUCACGAUUCCUUUGCUCGCUGUAUCACAAUACAUGGCACACAUGGCGCUCAGGUUAAAGACAACUUCUGCUUUAAUACUCUUGGUCAUGGAUACUUUUUAGAAGAUGGAGGCGAGAAGAGAACGGUAUUGGAUGGUAAUCUUGGAGCAGGACAAAAGAGAGGGAAUCUCAUAAGAUCCGACAUGAAUCCAACAACAUUUUGGAUAACAAAUCCACAGACAUACGUCAGAAAUAACGUGGCUGCAGGCGGAGAGGCCCAUGGAUUCUGGUUUGUCUACCCUAACUCACCCGUUGGUCCCUCAGCAAGCCGUGGAUUCAUGGACCAAUAUGAAGCUAUGCACACCGCAAUAUUUGAAUUCGACAACAACGUUGCCCAUUCAAACGCAAAGAGUGGUUUAUUCAUUGAUAAUAUCCUGAGAUCUGACGGUAGUCUUGUAUCAAGUAAUUCUUAUGAACCCUGGAAUGAUCCAAAAGAUUCAGAAUCCGGGGCUAAAAUGGUGACGAUAAGAAAACUUACGGCGUACAAAAACAUGAAAGAAAAUGCUUGGAUUAACGGUGGUUUAUUUAAAGUCACCGAGUCUUCAUUCUCUGAUAGCGUUAUUGGACUUACAUUUAAAAGAAGUUCUGAACAGAAUCAAUACAUUGAAAAGAGCGUCUUUAUUGGGGAUUCUCCGAACACUGGGUCCCCCACGGUGAUUUCCAGUGGGGGAGCAUCCAAAACCUACCCUAGAUCUGUUCCAAUAGCGUUUGCCGACCAACCUCGCCAAGGGUUCGUGUUUUAUCAUGGCCCUGUUUUUGUUGAUGACACGUUUUUCGGGGACUUUGAAGACACAGAGAAUUAUAGGUCUGGUGCUCUUGGUUUCCAACGUGACAACGACGGUCAUAGUUCUCCAAUUAGCGCCGUCAGUGGAAUCAAAUUUGGUUUCUCAGAUCCAUCCGAGGGUAACCGCGUGUUCGACGGGAAUGCUACAGACAAUGGUUUUUCUGGACUAGACGGUGAUUUGAUCGGUUCUUUCCGGGAUACUGAUGGAUCAGUGUUUUCUACCGGAUCACAGAUUGUUAAAGAUCUUCCAUUCCACUCAACCUCAAACUGCUAUCAGAGGACUAACUGGAAAAUGAUGGCCUGUACAAACACUUUCGGACAAGUGCGUCUAUCAUGGAAUUUCAAACCUACUGGGGUAGCAAAUGACGUUUCCAUUUAUCGGGACGACCUCCCUGAUAACCCAAUUGAGUCAGACGCCAGGAAAAUGGCUCCAUUUAUGGCCAUUUUGGGAGAAGGAUAUGGUUAUUUAGCUAAAAUGAACGGAAACGUGCCGACCUCAGUUGGUUUUAAGGGACUUGGUUUCACCAAAACUAAAACUGCACGGAUGGGACUCUGCGUACCUAGAGAUGCUACAAUAUUUGUCAGAGUACUGGAUCUCACAUCAACUUCUAAAUGGAACAAAUGGACUAAAGGGGAGUCCUUGUCAACUAUCGAGGAUCUUGACUCCAGUACAAAUGCUAAAAAUUACUUCUUAGAUUCAGAAGUUGGGGUUGUCUUCUUCAAUAUAAUGCAUGAACGGGAAUACAGCUCCUCAGAUGCGCAGGAUUGUCUUGAUGAACGAUGCCCCAGUGUAGUGGUGAAGAUAACUGGUGGUGAUUCUUCCGAUUCGGACUGUACCUCCAGGGCGUUUGAUAAAUACAAGCGAGAAUCACGUGACUCCUCCCCCGAGACCGAAAUUACUGCCUUGCCAACAAGUGACCUUUACCCACCUCCUUCCUGGGGUGCUGGCUCCUCACGUGAUUAAAAGAAGAAAUAACCGAACUGUAAUACUGUAAUACUUUAUAUUGAAUGCUUUCUUUUAUAUGAAAUAAAAAUAGAAUUAUUUGAA